UCCUCUCUCACACAACUUGGCCUCUUUAAAUUCCACCACUACUACUAUAUAUCUCUCUCCCUCCUCUUUUACUCCCACCAUUUUCAUUAUUAUUCACUCAUCAAACUUCCUCUUCUUCCUUUUCUUCUUCCCUUAACUUAACUUCAAUUCAUGCAACCCUACUGCUUACCUUUUAGGGUUGCAAUGAUGCUCUCCUAUCUUCGUUCCGUUCUCGUCGUACUUAUCGUUGUUGUUGUCGGCAUUGCUACCGCCAUUUUCGAACAACAGUUCCAAGAGAAGGACAAGAUCACGUUCCUCCCUGGACAACCCGCAGUGACAUUCUCCCAGUAUUCUGGCUAUGUUACAGUUAACCAACAACAAGGUAGAGCUCUCUUCUAUUGGUUGACCGAAGCUACGUCUUCUCCAGAGAAAAAACCUCUAGUCCUAUGGCUAAACGGAGGACCAGGUUGUUCAUCAAUAGCGUAUGGAGCAUCAGAAGAAAUUGGGCCAUUCAGAAUCAACAAAACUGCUUCUUCUCUUUAUCUAAACAAAUACUCAUGGAACAAAGAUUCAAAUCUUCUGUUUCUGGAAUCACCUGCCGGAGUUGGAUUCUCCUACACAAACACCACCUCCAACCUUGAAGACUCCGGUGACAACCGUACUGCUGAAGAUGCUCUUAUUUUCCUCAUUCGAUGGAUGUCCAGAUUUCCACAUUAUAAAUACAGAGAAUUCUACAUUUCCGGGGAGAGUUAUGCUGGGCACUACGUUCCUCAAUUGGCAAAGAAGAUUCUUGACUACAACAAAGCCAAUUCUCAAUCCUUCAUCAACCUCAAAGGCUUUCUUGUGGGAAAUGCAGUAACUGAUACCAACUACGACGCCCUCGGAACGGUGACAUAUUGGUGGAGUCAUGCCAUGAUCUCAGACACAACAUACAACUCCAUCCUCAAGCACUGCAAUUUCACCUCAGACAAGACUUCCCAACAAUGCGACGAAGUUGUUGGCUAUGCCAUGAACCACGAGUUUGGCAAUGUGGAUCAGUACAGUAUCUAUACUCCCAAAUGUCCCACCAUUGUUCCGAACAACUCGGUGGCAGCGGUCGGGGCAUCCACUAUCAGGUUCAAAAGCUCUCUUCUUCGGCGGAGGGUGUCAGGGUACGAUCCAUGUACUGAGAAUUAUGCAGAGAAGUAUUAUAAUCUUAAAGAGGUUCAAUUGGCAAUGCAUGCCAAUGUUACUGGAAUUCCCUACAAAUGGACUGCUUGCAGUGAUGUUCUUAUUAAGAACUGGAAGGAUUCCCAAGAAUCCAUGUUGCCUACAUACAAGGAGCUCAUUGCAGCUGGUUUAAGGAUAUGGGUUUUCAGCGGGGAUACAGAUUCAGUGGUUCCAGUGACAGCCACAAGAUUUGCCCUAAGCCAUCUCAACCUCCACAUUAAAACUCGAUGGUAUCCAUGGUACUCCCGAGGACAGGUUGGUGGAUGGACAGAGGUUUAUGAAGGGCUAACCUUUGCUACAGUGAGAGGAGCAGGGCAUGAAGUUCCAUUGAUCCAACCACAGAGAGCUUUGACACUUUUCAGAUCGUUUUUAGCAGGAAAACAUCUGCCAAGAUCUUGAUUUAAUAUCUGCAAAGAAACAGACCAAUGAACACAGAAGAAGAAACUGGUCAUUUGUCUCGUUUCUAGAUAUAUAUUGGUCAUAAAUUUGAAACAAUCCCAGUACACAACAGUGCUGAGAUUUAGGGGACUAGAAUCGUAUUCAUUCUACAAUUUAUAUUGGAUACACCAAGUCAAUAUUAUUACCCAUUUCAAGAUCCAAAUGGAAAGGUUGAACAAAGAUUAUUUUACUAACA